GCAUAAUUGGCCAUGUCCGCUACCGCCACCACCACCACCACACCCGAUACGAAGGUUGUUCUCGAGAACGAUGCCGAUUUUAUACCCCGUGGCGAUGUCGAGGCAUCUAUGCAAUUCUUUGACUACCCCGAAGAUGGAUCGGCACCAUUCAACCUCAUGGAGGGACAUUUGAAGAGUGGAACAAAGCCCAACUACCCCCUGAACUUCCAUAAGAUUUCUAUAACCGACAUCCGUGGCCACGAGUCAGAAUACUUGCUUGAGAGAGAUGGCUUUCAAGGAAUACCAAAUGUCCCAUCAGCUGCAGACCCUUCUUUUACUGAUGAGGAAAACAUCAAGUCUGUCUGGUAUCCCGAAGUCGAGGAAUUCGUCCGUAACCUCAUACCCGAUGCCAAACGAGUAUUUGUAUUCAAUCAUAUUGUCCGCCUCUCCAAACCAGGCGCUGACAACUUUCCAAUAACCAGCGCUCAUGUGGACCAAACGCCUCUGUCCACCCAGGCAGCCAUGGGCCUCUUUUUCCCACCAGAGGAAGUAGCAGAGCUUCUCAAAGAUCGAUAUCGGGUCCUCAACGUCUGGCGGCCAAUAAACGGGCCCGUCCAAUCAAACCCAUUGGCUGUUGCUUUACCAUCAUCGGUGCCGGAUGACGACCUAGUGCGCAUUGAACUUCGCUAUCCCGAAUAUAGUAGUGAGACCCAGAUGCUCAAAUACAACCCAGCGCAUAAAUGGUACUAUUGGUCCAGAAUGACAAAUGAAGACAGGUUGCUAUUCAUGAUUAUAGACAACAAGGAGGACGCAGUAGCAAAGAGAGUGGCACAUUCGUCGUUCAUUGACCCUCGAAUUCCGGUUGGAGCAAAGGGCCGCGAUAGCAUUGAGACAAGGGUGUUUGUCUUUGGCUAG